CCGGCCUGGCCUGAGGGCGCGCGGCGCGGAGAGAGGGAGACGCGGUCGUCCGCCCGCGAGCGGAAGGCAGGAUUCACAGAUGGAUUCAGAGGAAAAGACGACAAAUAAAAGUGAACAAAAAUCAAGAAAGUUUUUAAAAAGCCUCAUUCGGAAGCAGCCGCAGGAGCUGCUGUUGGUCAUUGGCACUGGCGUCAGUGCGGCGGUGGCCCCCGGCAUCCAGGCCCUGUGCUCGUGGCGCAGUUGCAUCGAGGCUGUCAUCGAGGCUGCAGAGCAGCUGGAGGUGCUGCACCCCGGGGAUGUCGCUGAGUUCCGGAGGAAGGUGAUGAAGGACCGGGACCUGCUGGUUGUGGCCCAUGAUCUGAUCCGGAAGAUGUCACCUCGCACAGGCGACACCAAGCCCAACUUCUUCCAGGACUGCCUGAUGGAAGUGUUUGACAGCCUGGAGCAGCACAUCCAGAACCCGCUGGUGCUGCAGUCCAUCCUCGGCCUCAUGGACAGGGGCACCAUGGUGCUCACCACCAACUACGACAACCUGCUGGAGCUCUUCGGGCAGCAGCAGAACAGGCCCAUGGAGUCGCUGGACCUGAAGGACAAGACGAAGGUCCUCCAGUGGGCGAGAGGCCACAUCAAGUACGGCGUUCUCCAUAUCCACGGCUUGUACACCGACCCCUGUGGGAUGGUGCUGGACCCAUCAGGAUACAAGGACGUCACGCAGGACGCGGAAGUCAUGGAAGUCCUGCAGAACCUGUACCGCACCAAGUCCUUCCUGUUCAUGGGCUGUGGAGAGACCCUGCGCGACCAGAUCUUCCAGGCCCUCUUCCUGUACUCUGUGCCGAACAAGGUGGACUUGGAGCACUACAUGGUGGUGCUCAAGGACAAUGAGGACCACUUCUACAAGCACCAGGCUGACAUGCUUUUGCACGGGAUUAAGGUGGUGUCCUACGGGGACCGCUUUGACCUCUUCCCAGGAUACGUGCAGGACCUCAGCGCUCAGAUCUGCAAGCAGCGGAGUCCAGACACCGAGCGAGUGGAUAGCACCACGUUCCUGGGAAAUGCAUGUCAGGACUGUGCAAAGAGGAAAAUGGAAGAGAAUGGAAUGGAAGCUCCCAAAAAACUCAGACAGCCAGAUACGGAUGAUGCUGGAGGGUCUUGAGAUCUUUAAGGCCAGCUGAAACCUACAGCUUGUGUUAGCCCUCUGUAAGCAGUGCCACGCCUAAGCAGCGAGGAAGAGCCGGGACCUGCGCCUGGAUCUCAGCCCCCCGCGCCAUCACAUGCCCCAGAGCCACAUCGAUGUGUGGCCUCCGGCUGGGGCAGAGCUCUGUGUGCUUCCCUGCUGGGAGGUGACAGGGCCACCCUUCAGGAACACUUACGGACUGAUGAGCGGCCACCCCAGGGACCAGCCUGUGGGAAGGGCCGUGCCUGGCCUCUGGCCCCGUGACCUGCACUCUGCAUCGGUGCAUUUCUGCUGAUACGGGGGAGACCCGACGGCCUAAGCA